AUGUACUGCCAGACUCCUCAGACCCAGCCUGUGUUUUGGGUGCUGGUGCCUCUCCCAAAGCCCGGCUCCUGGUCCAGCCCAAACCCCGAGGCCUGGCUCGGCUCUUGCUGUGAACAGACCCCACGGCCCCUGGCAGCUCUCGCUUAUCUGGUGCCUGAAUCCUCCCUGGGCUUUCUCUCCCUCUGUGGAUUUUCUGCCUCGCUCUCCGGCGUCUCUCUGCCGCUGUCUUUCCAAGCCUUGGCUCUGACGUCCCAGUAUGGCGGCAGCAGCGGGGUCCGCUCCCACCUCCUCCUGCGGUACAUCCAGGCCGAACCCCCCACCAACAAGUCGCUGUCGAGCCUGGUGGUGCAGCUGCUGCAGUUCCAGGAGGAGGUUUUCGGCAAGCACGUCAGCAACGCGCCCCUCACCAAGCUGCCGAUAAAAUGCUUCUUGGAUUUCAAGGCGGGAGGAGCCCUGUGCCACAUCCUGGCAGCGGCCUAUAAAUUCAAGAGCGACCAAGGAUGGCGGCGUUUCGAUUUCCAGAAUCCCUCGCGGAUGGACCGCAACGUGGAGAUGUUCAUGACCAUCGAGAAAUCCUUGGUGCAGAACAACUGCCUGGCCCGGCCCAACAUCUUCCUGCACCAGGAGAUCGAGCCCAAGCUGCUGAGCAAGCUGAAAGACAUCGUCAAGAGGCACCAGGGCACAGUGACCGAGGACAAGAGCAACGCAUCCCACAUUGUCUGUCCUGUCCCCGGGAACCUGGAGGAAGAGGAGUGGGUCCGGCCGGUCAUGAAGCGCGACAAGCAGGUCCUGCUGCACUGGGGCUACUACCCCGACAGCUAUGACACCUGGAUCCCUGCCAGCGAGAUUGAGGCCUCUGUAGAGGAUGCCCCAACACCGGAGAAGCCCCGGAAGGUCCACGCCAAGUGGAUCCUGGACACAGACACCUUCAACGAGUGGAUGAAUGAGGAGGACUACGAGGUGACGGACGAGAAAAGCCCUGUUGCCCGCAGGAAGAAGAUCUCAGCCAAGACGCUGACAGACGAGGUGAACAGCCCUGACUCAGACAGGCGGGACAAGAAGGGAGGCAACUACAAGAAGCGAAAGCGCUCGCCCUCCCCCUCUCCCACCCCAGAGGCCAAGAAGAAGAACGCGAAGAAGGGACCCUCCACCCCCUACAACAAAUCCAAACGGGGGCACCGUGAGGAGGAGCAGGAGGACCUGACGAAGGACAUGGACGAGCCCUCGCCCGUCCCCAACGUGGAGGAGGUCACCCUGCCCAAGACAGUCAACACCAAGAAGGACUCGGAGUCUGCGCCUGUCAAGGGGGGCACCAUGACAGACCUGGAUGAACAGGAGGACGAAAGCAUGGAGACAGCUGGCAAGGAUGAGGAGGAGAACGGAACUGGCAGCAAGGGGGAGCAGGCCAAGAACCCCGACCUGCAUGAGGACAAUGUGACGGAACAGACCCACCACAUCAUCAUCCCCAGCUACGCCGCCUGGUUCGACUACAACAGCGUCCACGCCAUCGAGCGCCGAGCCCUGCCCGAGUUCUUCAAUGGCAAGAAUAAAUCCAAGACCCCUGAAAUAUACUUGGCAUACCGCAACUUCAUGAUCGACACGUACCGGCUCAACCCCCAGGAGUACCUGACCUCCACGGCGUGCCGCCGCAACCUGGCCGGGGAUGUCUGUGCCAUCAUGCGGGUCCACGCCUUCCUGGAGCAGUGGGGCCUCAUCAACUAUCAGGUGGAUGCCGAGAGCCGGCCCACCCCCAUGGGCCCCCCGCCAACCUCCCACUUCCACGUCCUGGCCGAUACGCCCUCGGGGCUGGUGCCGCUGCAGCCCAAAACACCCCAGGGCCGGCAGAGCGACGGCGACGCCAAGACGGGCCGCAAGAGCAAAGAGAUUGAAGACCUCGUCACCGAGACGGUGAAGGGGAAGCCGGAGCUGCAGACCUCGGCCUCGCAGCAGAUGCUGAACUUCCCCGACAAGAGCAAGGAGAAGCCAGCCGACAUGCAGAACUUCGGCCUCCGCACCGAUAUGUACACCAAGAAGAACGUCCCCUCCAAGAGCAAAGCUGCCGCCAGCGCCACACGGGAGUGGACGGAGCAGGAGACACUGCUGCUGCUGGAGGCCCUGGAGAUGUACAAGGACGACUGGAACAAGGUGUCGGAGCACGUGGGCAGCCGGACGCAGGACGAGUGCAUCCUACACUUCCUGCGGCUGCCCAUCGAGGACCCUUACCUGGAGGACUCGGAGGCUUCCCUGGGGCCACUGGCCUACCAGCCCAUCCCCUUCAGCCAGUCCGGCAAUCCUGUCAUGAGCACCGUCGCCUUCCUGGCCUCCGUCGUCGACCCCCGCGUCGCCUCCGCCGCUGCUAAGUCGGCUCUGGAGGAGUUCUCCAAGAUGAAGGAGGAGGUGCCCACGGCCUUGGUGGAGGCCCAUGUCCGCAAGGUGGAGGAAGCAGCCAAGGUGACAGGCAAGGCCGACCCUGCGUUCGGGCUGGAGAGCAGCGGCAUCGCCGGCACCACCUCAGACGAGCCGGAGCGGAUAGAGGAGAGUGGCACAGAGGAGGUGCGGGCAGAGGCGCAGCCAACAGAGGAGAAGAAGGAGGCCAAGGAGCCGCGGGAUGGUGCCGCGGAGGAGGAGGCGAAGGAGAAGGCCGGGGAGGCACCCAAGAAGGAGGAGGAGAAGGGGAAGGAGGCAGAGGGCGAGAAGGAGCCCGACAAGGGUGAUGGUGAUGGUGCAGGGGAGCCAGAGAAGGAGAAGGAGGCGAAGGAAGGGCCGGACGAGGUGCCCAAGGAGCCACCGGAGCCUGAGGCCGAGCGCAAAGCCAAGGUGGAGCGGGACAUCGGCGAGGGGAACCUCUCCACUGCUGCCGCCGCUGCCCUGGCCGCUGCUGCCGUGAAGGCCAAGCACUUGGCAGCAGUGGAGGAGCGUAAGAUCAAGUCGCUGGUGGCACUGCUGGUGGAAACGCAGAUGAAGAAGCUGGAGAUCAAGCUGCGGCACUUCGAGGAGCUGGAGACCAUCAUGGACCGGGAGCGCGAGGCCGUGAGUGAUAACGGUGGCAAUGGGGAGGGGGAGCCAGGCGCUUGCCCCCACUCUAGCAUCCCCUGCUGA